AAUAAUACAGGUUAUGGAAUAGAUGCUAUGAACCCAUCUUCAAGAGAUGAUUUCACAGAGUUUGGAAAGUUACUAAAAGAUAAAAUUACACAAUAUGAAAAAUCACUAUAUUAUGCCAGUUUUUUGGAAGCCUUAGUUCGAGAUGUCUGUAUUUCAUUGGAAAUUGAUGACUUGAAAAAGAUUACCAAUUCAUUGACUGUGCUUUGCAGUGAAAAACAGAAGCAAGAAAAGCAAAACAAAGCCAAAAAGAAGAAGAAAGGUGUGGUUCCUGGAGGGGGAUUAAAGGCCACUAUGAAAGAUGACCUGGCAGACUAUGGUGGAUAUGAUGGAGGAUAUGUACAAGACUACGAAGACUUCAUGUGACAUUCUAUCUUCUCCUGGUGUCUUCUUUCUGUUGCCCACAAUCCCUUCAACAUGUAGCACAACUUCCUUUCCUUUCAGUUCUGCCAAAUGCUACAAUCAGAAGAGCAGUAUCUUUCGUGCUGGUUAUUUAACCCCUUGACACUCAGGUGCUAAUGAGCAAAUGAGGGAACUUGGAUCUUGUUGCCAAGGGGUUAAAAUUGGGAACUUCAAUUGCUACUAAAUCAUAGUUUAAAAACAAAACAAACCUAAUAAUGUUGUCAUUGUUGCUAUCUGACUCCAUAGCAGCAGUCACUAAAUUGGAAACAAAGGUCGCAACAUGACAGAAAAUUGUGUAGUAUUUACCAGCACCAUUCAGUAAUACAGCCUUAACCAUACCUCCUUGAACUACUUCAUAACUUGUCAAGAAGAGCAGUUUGCAGCAAGCAAGGGCAUGUGGGAUGCACCUAGUAUUAAAAUUGCUUUGUCUAAAAUUUGAGCGUGAGGAUAUUAAAAACAUGUUGUGAAGAAGACUGCUUAUCUCAGAGUGAAGAUACUGUGGCUGAAAAAUACUAGUUUGAUACUUAAGAUUUUAAUGACCAAAACCCUUCAACUUUGAAGCUGAAGAAGGUAAACCUCUCCAUUGUCACAGUGCCAGUCAGUGGUGGACGCUCCAGUGCAUUGACUGUCUAGUUAUUUAUCGGCCUAUUUCUACUGAUGGAGGACUUCAGAUGGGGGGAGGGAACUGUUUCUAUUUGCCUGAUUCAAGUGUCUGAGAAACAAAUCUUGUUCUUCUAGGCUGCAACAGAAAAACUUAACAGGGUUUUGGCAUUUCCUUUUCUUUAUAAAACAUACUCAGCAAACUGCACCAGUUAACUAGUUUGGUAAAUUGUUAUGUUAACAAUUAUGACAUCUGCAAUGUUUUAUAAAGCAACUAAUUUAAUAAAAUCUCUAUUGUGAGGACUUAAA